AUGUUCUACCCACCCUUCCACGCAUCUGACAACAUCAUCCCAUGCCUCAUUCUUCAGAGGAUGACAAUGCUGAGAACCUACGGGGGCGCUGAUACGUUUGUGUGGGGGUACGACGCUGCGAGGGACUUUGUUGAGCUUACAAAGAGGCUAGCAACUGGUGGCGUGCAAGCCAGCGCAACCAGCACUGGGAAUUGGACUGAGUCGCACAGCUCUACGCCCUCUGUCAGCACGACACACAAACGGAAGGAAACAAUUCAAUCGCAUCGCCCCCGCCUCCUGCCUUACCCACCCCUUGCUUGCACCUCUGGCUCGCGUUCUCCAUCUGUACUUACUGGGUUUCGUUUCUACUCUGUCAUCGUUCCCAUCAACAGGCACGAAUUCACCAUUCAUUUUUACGCAUUUUGGCUCACCAUUUGCUUCCACUGGACCACGGGCACGGGUUCUCUGUUCGCUCAAGCCCCAAUUGAUACAGCAACCUCCAUGCGCCCCUUUAUAUUCCGUCCCAACGCGAUUUUCAGGUUUUGUACCCCAUUCGGUGACAUUCCGAUCCCAUCAGGCACCCCCCUCAUCCUGGUCUCGCCUAACCUGGAAACUCCAACAUCUGCAAGCAAGAUCGGUGCACUACGAUUAACAAAGUGCACAGACAGCUCGGACAACAAUCCUCUUCUUGCAAUCGGUGUCAAUGACGCGCUCCCACCCCGGCGCAUGGGGAUCAAUAUUGAUUUCAACCAAACGGCAGCUGCCCUUAUGGUCCAGCCUCCCGCCGCACCACCACCACGCCCACAACAACCAACAUCCACACGUGGUGCCACUCGACACAUCCCUCUAGUCCCUCACUUGGAUUCACGUUGUUCCCUCCAGUUUGACGCUAUUGGUCAUCAAAGGAGCAGCCCCAGGACGUUUUUGAACCCUGCCCGACUGAGCCCUACGAAUACGGAGUCGAGGCCUUUUCAGAUCGAGUGGGAUAUUUUGCCACUCCUACAUACAUCGAAUAGAAUUGGUACAUUUGACAUAUGGUCAGAUUUAGCAGGGAGUGCCAGGAGUGCUUAUGACCUCAGAGGCCAAUUCUCAAUUGACAAAGAAUGGACCUUAGAGGUUUCACGUGACGUCCAAACGUCAUGCCAAGGGUGGAAUAUCUACCAAGUCCCUGACAUUACCACAUCUGAAAUUUCACUUUGCGCCUUUGUCUGCCGUGGCUAUGUAAACCAUGACGCCGAUUCGCGCGCGCUGCCCAUUGCUCCAAGUUCUAGCACCGUUUCGCUGGCAUGGCUGCUCGUCGCCGAACCGCUUGCGCGGUUCGCUCCUCGCAGCCAAUGCAAUUUGAACUUCGAGUCCAUACGAGUCACUUAG